AGACGAAGGGAGAGAGCAAAACAUCAAUUUGUUUUCCCAUUUAUUUAAGAAUUCAUUGGUUGACUCUUGUAUGUGUCCUAACUAGGAAUCUAACCUACAACCUUGAUGUAUCAGGAUGACUUUCUAACCAACUGAGUUACUGCCCAGUGCUGGAGUGAUUUCUUUCAAGGGAGAAAAGGUAUUUUUUAUUCCAUAUAUUUCCUUUGGAGGAAACGAAUAUUUACUGUGUUCAUGACUUUAUUAAUUCUAUUAACUUUAGUGUCUUCAAAAUAGGUAUAUAUAGAAACAGGUAAAUACCCAAGAAAUCAAUGAGGAAAAAUUCCUCUGAAGAAAUGAGUUUGCCACAUUUCCUUAAAUAUAAAUGCUUUAUUUGAUUUGACUGAAUCCAAAGUAUACAUUAGCACUGGUUGCCUGUUUAGUGUUUCAUUACUGUAAGCAUCUUUUCUCUUUUAGGAGGUGUCUCAGCCCCAUGGAACUCAAGAAUCUAACACAUGUCUCAGAAUUCUUCCUCCUGGGUCUCUCUGAUGACCUGGAACUGCAGCCUCUGCUCUUGGGGCUCUUCCUGUCCAUGUACCUGGUUGCCAUGUUGGGGAACAUGCUCAUCAUCCUGACUGUCAGCUCUGACUCCCGCCUCCACACACCCAUGUACUUCUUCCUCUGCAGCCUGUCCUUGGUUGACAUCUGCUUCAUUUCUACCACUGUUCCCAAGAUGAUUGAGAUGACUCACAGCAGAGUCAUCUCCUACGGGGGCUGCCUGACACAGAUGUGUUCUUUGAUCCUUUUUGGAUGUAUGGAUGGCAUGCUUUUGACUGUCAUGGCCUAUGACCGGUUUGUGGCCAUCUGUCACCCUCUGCACUACUCAGCCACCAUGAACUCACACCUCUGCUGCUUCUUAGUUUUGGUGUCAUUUUUCAUGAGUCUUUUGGAGUCCCAGUUGCACAAUUUGAUGUUAUUACAAAUUACCUGCUGCAAGGAUGUAAACAUUUCUAAUUUCUUCUGUGAUCCUUCUCAGCUCCUUCACCUUGCCUGCUCUGACACUUUUACCAAUAAUAUAGUCAUGUAUUUUGUUGUCGCUAUCUUUGGUGGUAUUCCACUCACAGGGAUCUUUUGCUCUUACUAUAAAAUUGUUUCCUCCAUUCUGAGGGUUCCAGCUAUAGGUGGGAAGUAUAAAGCCUUCUCCACCUGUGGCUCUCACCUGUCAGUUGUUUGCUUAUUUUAUGGAACAUCUAUUGGAGGUUACCUUGGAUCAGCAUUAUUGCCUUCCACCAGUAAGGAUGUGGUGGCCUCGGUCAUGUACACUGUAGUCACCCCCAUUUGAAUCCUUUCAUUUACAGUCUUAGGAACAGGGACAUUAAGAGUGCCCUAUGGAGGCUCUACUGCAGAAUAGUACACUGUGAAUAUCUCUGCAAUAAUUUUUGGAGUAUGAUUGGUAAAACUAACAAAACCAAACAUGUAGAUCAG